CUCAACUCACUUCAUUGUUCUUUCUUUGCUAAAAUUCUCUUUCCAUUACAAACUCUUCUUCUUCUCAUAGCUCAACGAGUUCUCAUCUUCGCAUUCGCAGACUUCAGGUAACUUGUUCGUCAAGGUUUCUUCUAUUCUCGUUUACAAAUUUUUUCGCUUUACAUUAUCAUCAAGGUAUGCGUUGGUUGAAUGAUUUAGGAUUAGUCAUGAGUGAUGAUUUGAUAUUCGGUACUUUAAAGCUCAAAUUUUUAGGGUUUGAUAUGAUUUCGGAUCUGAUCGCAUUGGAUAUUGAAAUGCUGAUAAAGUGGUUGAUUUGGAUUUGGAGUGUUAUUGGAAUGUUGCUUCUUUUUAGAUUAUCAUGGUUAUGAAUGUGACAAGGUUCAAAGUUAGGGUUUAGUAUGAACUGGGAUGUGAUCGAAUUGGGCAUUGAAAUUUAGGGUUUAAUAUGAUUUGGGAUGUAGUCAAAUUGGAUAUUGAAAUGUUGAUCAAGUGGCUGAUUUGGAUUUUGGGUGUUAUUGGAAUGUUGUUUCUUUUUAGAUUAAUAUGGAUAUGAAAGUGAAAAGGUUCAACAGAACUGAUCGAGUCAUUGGGACAACGUGCAUCUAUUGGCUCCAAGGAAGAUGCAACAGAAACCCGUGUAGGUUUCUUCACAGUGAGACACCGUCUAUUAGGGCUACUGCUUCUUAUAGAGAUGAUACUGCAUCGUACCAUAACGCAAGGAAGCGUUGUAGUGUAUCGCCUACGCCUGAAUCUGCUAAGAGGGUCUCAUGGAGAAAGACUGAAAAUGACAUGUCGGUUCCCAAACAUACUACUAAGAAGGUCUUGAGUAGAAAUUUGGAAGAUGACAGAGAAAGGACACAAGUUCUUCCUCAGAAGCCUUCAACAAGCAUCUGCAAAUAUUGGAUGAAUGACAACUGUGUUCAUGGUGAUAAGUGCCGGAAUUUACACUCAUGGUCUUAUGGCGAUGGGUUUUCCAUAUUAGCAAAGCUUCAAGGACACAAGAAGCUUGCCACCGGAAUUGCACUUCCAAAUGGAUCAGACAAACUUUAUUCUGGCAGCGCCGACGGGACACUUCGGUCAUGGGACUGCCAUACCGGUCAAUGUGCCAAUUUGAUGAAUCUUGGUGCCGAAGCUACCUCUUUGAUUAAUGAAGGCCCAUGGAUUUUUGUUGGUCUUCCUAACACUGUCAAGGCAUGGAAUAUUCAGACUGCUUCGCAGUUUACUCUUGAUGGACCUAAGGGACGAGUCCUUGCCAUGACUGUUGGCAAUGAUACACUCUUAGCUGGAGCAGAGGAUGGUGUAAUUUCUGCAUGGAGAGGCAGCUCGGAACCCAAUUCUCCUUUUGAAUUGGUUGCAUCCCUAUGCGGUCACACUAAAUCUGUUGUUUGCCUGACUGUUGGGGCUCACAACAAGAUGCUGUACUCAGGAUCCAAGGAUCAAAGCAUUAAGGUUUGGGACCUAGACACAUUUCAGUGUAAAAUGACACUCAAUGCACAUGCAGAUGAAGUCACAUCCCUUCUUUGUUGGGACAAUUUCUUGUUAUCGGGUUCAUCAGACCGCACUAUCAAGGUCUGGUAUAAAACCAUGGAGGAAACUUUGGAAGUUGCAUAUUCACACGAUGUAGAAAAUGGUGUUGUUGCACUUUCUGGGAUGACAGAUCCAAAAGAUAAGCCUAUAGUGUUCUGCUCUACUAGAGACAAUUCAGUUCGCCUCUAUGAACUACCAUCAUUUGCCGAGAGGGGUAGAUUGUUUGCUAAGCAAGAAGUUGGAUUAAUCGAUGUAGCUCCUGGUGGACUCUUCUUCACCGGAGACAGAACUGGAAUGCUGACUGUCUGGAAAUGGUUAGAAGAGCCCAAGGCUGCAGCAUCCUCUUGAGACAUGACAAAUGCUUUCUUCCACCAACUACUUAACACCGUUGAUGUAAAUUGCGUAAUGCUUUCAAUUUAUUUUUUCUCGAAUCAAUUCAUGAUUGCUAAUAGUAAAAGCAAAUUUGUAUAUAUUUAACAGAGCAAUUCCAGUUC